AUGGCUUCCAGCGGCGCCAGCGCGCAGAGAGAGGGGUUCCCUGCUGAUGCUGUGAAACCUCUGCAGCCAAGGAUCCUGCCAAAAAGCUUCUCAAAGCUCGGUCUGAAAGAGAUGGGAGAGCUGCUGACAGAGGAGAAAGCUGUGGAAAUAGACCUGCGCAAGCCAGAAAGCAGUGCAUGGUUUGGCAAUAUUCUUAAAGAACUGCAGUCCAAUGACAGAGAAGCAAGGUCCUUUGCCUUGUUUAGAUUUAGGGCAGUAUUAAAUCGCAUGGGGAUACCUAAGGGACAUGCACCCUGCGCAGGUUUCGCAGCUUAUGUGCUGGAACAGGGCGUGCUGGAUGAGGUCAACAGAAUUUUGAAAGCAGCGCAGUCAGAAGGCGACUUCUACAUACUCCCCAAGAUCAGCAGCCAGGAUAAAUUUAAACAUGUCAAGUACUUCGUGGUGUCAAAGGUGGACAUCUGCUUUCGGCUGCUUCAUGUUCUCAUCUUGGAUGCUCGAACGGCGCGUUUCGUCCUGAAAGGCAUCUAUGACCUCAUUUUGGUCCUCGAAGGAGCCUACUUCGCCCUACCAGCGGUCUCUCUCGUCAAAGAAUCAGAUCUGGUACCGGGCAUUUCAGCUUUCCUGGAGCGUCUAAGGAAUGAAGUCAGAGCAUCCAGUCUUUCUGUGCUGGUUUCCCUUGUCAGCUGCUUUGAUCGUGCCAAGGACAAGUUAAGCAGCCGGAAGGUCCUUCUUCGUCAGGUUCUGCAGGACUGCAUGGUCGAAAGAGACUUCUCGAGCCGAAUGGCGAACUGUACUCUCUACUGCUUCAGCCAUCUUUCUUCCGCGUGCGAUCUCUCAGAAUACCUGGAUGAUAUCAUCGGGGUCGUCUUGAGGACUCUGGCGGAGACUCAAGAGGCAGUUCUGAUCAUUGUGGCCGUGCAUCUUUUGGUUUUGAUAAUGCAGAAGGGUCAAGCAGAGGCUGUAGUAGGUAAGCUCUGUGAGCUUGGAGCCAGCGCAAAAGCAGAGCACGUUCUCCCGGCCCUCUUGGCAUUAGCAGCAUGCCCAGAUCUUGGCGGGAAUGAAAAGAGGAUCGUCUGCGUCAUGCUUGCGGCUAUGAACGAGCGGUUUGGGAUAAUCAGCGACGAGCGGCUGACAGAGCAUCUGACACCAAAGCAGCAAGAGAAUCUUAAGAGACUGGUACGCGCGUCUCCUAAUGCGAUGGCGAGGAGGGAACAGCUGCGCGAGAUCUUUACAGCCGAAAGACUCAACGUAGCCUCAAACAAAUGCGGUCCGGACUCUGAAUUUCCAGCCAGUCUUUUUCGAAACACCAUUGACACACCGCUCAACUACGUCCCAGACACGGCACAUGUUUCGUACGUACCAGAUGAUGGGGACCUCGAGGCUCGGAAGCGGCCCUGCAGAAAAUGUUCCCGCUCAAGCUGCUCAAAUGUGGAGAGCACUUCGUGCGAGUUCAAGGUCUGCAGUGGGUGCCGUCUGGCGGUUUACUGCUCCAGAAACUGCCAAAAGGUUGCCUGGAAGGACGGCCACAAGUUGCGCUGCCAGGCAGGGAUAGGCAGACAGCGCUCGAAACCCGAGAAGGACGCUUUGAAGUGA